AUUUUUUAGCUAUAGGGAGUUUUAGUAAAAUGGUUCCAAUAUUUUUAGCAGUAAUUUUAAUUAUUAUAUCGGCCAUAAUUUAUCAAAACAAAAAAGAAGAUCCGCCCAAAAUAUUUGGGGUGUAUAGCCAGCCUGGAAAAUGGUUUUAUCUCAAGUAUAUCACAUUUUCCUUAAUACUUACAUUAAGAAGAUUGAAAUUCAUGAUUUUUGAAAAAGAGGCUUUAAUCAAUGAAGAUCAUUUGGAACAACAAAAAGAACUAUCCACUGACGAUAAGGCAUUUGACGCGGUCUUUUUUCAAGCAGUGACCCAAAAUGGAUUUUUUUUGGCUGCUGGGACUGAGAGAAGACAAAAAGCCAAAACCAAUGGUUUAGUAUAUUUAAGGACUCCAGAACAUGGCCUAUUACUAAGCGAAAAGCUACCAAACACGGUUCUUGAUACAGAUCCAGAAUCUAUAAUGUUGAAUAAAGUAUUUGCUGCCGAAGGAAUUAAGUUCUCACCUGUUAAGCCCAUGAAACAAUGGAAUAUCGAAUUUCAAGGAAAAAUGAGGUCCCACGAAAACCCAGAAAAAAUGGUAGAUGUCAAAAUGGACGGCAUAUGGACUUCAGAUUUGCCAUACUUUUUGUUUGAAGUUGAUCUGCCCACGAGCGUAAUAGCAAAAUCCGUAGCUUUGGAAACCUGGGACAAGGAAUUAUUCAAAGCAUUAAAAGAAGCUCACCAAACCCAUUACGAGCAAAUGGGAGGGCUACAUUUAAAUCUAACAAUUGAUGGAAAGAAAUAUAAACUUGUCAUGGACGCUUUUAGAGAUCAUAGUUAUGGUUGGAGAAGAGACUGGACCUUAAUGCACAGAUACAUCUUCCACAUGUUCUAUCUAUUGGAUGGCACCAAAGUUUCUUUAGGCGUGAUAAGCCAACCCAGUACUUCAUCGCACAUGACUUUCGGACACAUGGUUCUUCCAGAUAAAUCCCAUUGGCCCAUAGACAGCGCCGACUUACUUUUAUAUCAACACGCUGAAAACGGAAAUCCUCCAGAUACUUUAGCCUUUACUUUCGUUGCCAAUAAUAAUAAUUACGAGGUUAAAAUUAAGUAUGAAGUUACUGCUAUUCAUUAUGUUGGUAACAAUGUUGAAGCCAAAAUGCACGAAAGGUUUUUGAGCUGCGAUAUCAACGGGGUAAAGGGUAAAGGUAUUUCUGAGUGGCACUAUAAUAACGUAAAAGAUUUUAAGAAAUGUUAAACCUUUAUUAUAA